AUGGCCGACCCCGGAGUGUGCUGCUUCAUCACCAAGCUGCUGUGCGCCCAUGGGGGACGCAUGGAUUUGGACGCGCUGCUCCAAGAGAUCCAACUGCCCGAGGCGCAGCUGUGCGAGGUGCUGGAGACUGCCGGAUCCGACCGCUUCGUGGUCCUGGAGACCGGGACCAGCCGCUCCGUGGUGGCCACCACUAGGGCUCGGGUCUGCCGUCGUAAGUUCUGCCAGAGACCCUGCGAAAACCUGCACGUGUGCAAGCUCAAUUUGCUGGGUCGUUGCAACUAUUCGCAGAAGGAGAGGCAAUUAUGUAAAUAUCCCCAUGAAGUCUUCUCAGAAGAGAACUUCAGACUACUGAAACACCACCAGCUCUCUGGACUUAAUCAAGAGGAAUUAGCUGUGCUCCUCACCCAGAGUGACCCUUUCUUUUUGCCUGAGAUCUGCAAGACCUACAAGGGUGAGGGCCGGCGGCAGAUCUGCAGCCAGCAGACGCCCUGUGAAAGGUUACACAUCUGUGAGCACUUCACCCGCGGGAACUGCAGUUACUCCAACUGUCUGCGCUCCCACAACCUGCUGGAUAGGAGGGUGCUGGCCAUCAUGAGGGAGCACGGACUCAACUUGACCGUGGUGCAGAACAUUCAGGACAUCUGUAACAGCAAGCACUCCCGUGGCCGGAAGAUUCUGCCGGGCAGGAGAGCUCCUCCCUCAGGCCACCGAGCUGUUGCAUACAGAGGUAGAUGCAAAAGUCAAGAUAGACUUUUGCAGGACCGCCAGGAAUUUCUUCUAUCAAAUUCUAACUCUUCCCAAAGGCCCUACACGCCCAAUUCCGAUAAAACCGGCAAUAGGUCCACGCUGGAUGGCUUGGCUAUGGAAGGUCUCAUCUACAAAUUCGCGCAUUUUGAGAGUCAGGAUAGCUCUUCACCUUUCCCUGUCUCAUCCAAGGCCACCAAUCUUGCAGGCACAGGUCAAAUGAGAACAAGCCACAGGUUUUCUGAGAAUGGCAGUGUAGACGAUCUCUUUUUUGGGGAUCAAGACAACACACAUCCUCUUUCUGAUUCAACACCAGCCUCCAACUGGAAGGAUCCCAUGGCCAAAGCAAAUACAUUUUCCACCUUGCUCCAAAAAAGCACAGGUUCCAUUUCCAACGUUACCAGUAUCAAGUCUUCCUGGGUAGAUGAAAAGUCGGAAGAAAUUUGUCUUGAUUAUCUACAGAAGAGCUGUCAAGACAAUAAAAAGUGCGGCAAAGUCCACUUCCACCUGCCCUAUCGGUGGCAGGUGCUGAUUGCUGCAAACACCUGGACGGACCUUCAACUCAUGGAGAAUAUCGAGCAGGCCUAUUGUGACCCCAAAAACUGUAGCGUUCCUGUCGGGAGCUAUCAACUCAAUUUCCAGAAAAUGACAUGCAAUAACAGUUCCAUGCGACGUCUCUCCACCCCCUCAUCCUGCAAGAAAUCGGUGGAUUCUGUGUUCACUACCAAGUGGAUUUGGUAUUGGAGAAGCAGAUCUGGCGAUUGGCUUAAAUAUGGGCAGAAGAACAAUCACCAGCAGAUUGCCAACAUCACUUCUUCAUACAUUGAGUCCCUGUUUCUUUUGCUUCCAAGGGGAAUUGUGCAAUUUAAGGCAGGUUCAGAGGAGUUCGAACUGAGUUUCCAAGGGAUGAUUCAGACAAACACAGUGUCCAAAACUCAAAAGGAUGUCACCAGGAGACCAAAAUUUGUAUCUUCCAGGGAUAUGGAGAAGCUUCUCAAAGGGCCAGACUGUCAGCUGGCACCGUCCCCAUCCAAUCUUGCCACUUUGAAUGUUUCUCCGCAGCAGAACACUCACCAACCCCAGAGCGGAUAUUCGCUGUCAAUCAUCAAUACCCAACUUCCAGAGUAUAAUAACAUAAGUGAGAGUUUUAAAGCAUCUAUGAGAAAUUUCAAGAUUGAAAAGAUCAAGAAGAUCCAUAAUACAAAGCUCUUGAAUGCUUACCAAAGGAAAAAAUCGAGUAUGAAGAAUGCCAAUGAGAAAAUCCUGUUUCAUGCAACUGACCGCCGCUAUGUAGAGACGAUAUGUGAAGACAAUUUUGACUGGACCAAACAUGGAAUGUAUGAAGUCAAAUACGGAAAAGGAAGUUACUUCUCCAAAGAAGCCUUCCAUUCCCACAAAAAUUGCCUAUCUGAUGAAAAAACCAGAGUUAUGUUUGUAGCUCGGGUCCUCGUUGGUGAUUUCGUCGAAGGAAAUGUGACAUACACGAGACCUCCUUCCAAGUAUUAUGACAUGGAAACUUCCUAUGACAGUUGUGUGGAUACAAGGUUGAAUCCCUCUAUUUUUGUCAUUUUUCAGAAAGAUCAGAUCUACCCAGAAUACAUGAUUGAGUAUUCUGAAACAGACAAAUCUUGUAGGAUUAGUUAG